UUUUUUUUUUCGUUAGAUUGUCUCCCAUUCCCUUUGCCUCCGAGCGCCCGAUGAGCAUAACGCACAGAUGGUAUGGCUGCCGAGCGCACAUUUAUUUUAUAUAAAUAUAUACUACGUUGGUCCAACUUUUUUUUUCCAUUUUUCUUUUCUCUACAAAAUCAUUAAUUCCAGUUCAACCAUUUCGGAACCAUACUUGCCUUUUUACAUAUCGGUCAACAUGUCAUUUGCUAUCAAACCUCUGAAUUUGCAAGGCGGUCAAUGCUCUUGGUGCGGAAAAUAUGGCCACAAAAGACCUAGCUGUCCUCUCUUGAAGUAAACGCAUUGUUUCUUCGAAUCCAACAUCACACUUUGUUACCCAACCAUGGAUAUCCAACAAAAAAUCACAAGCAUGCAUCACUUCCCAACUCGUUUCCUUUCAAGACUUUACAACACCGGGAUCCAUUCAUUAUUACCAUCAUGUUCUUUUCUUUUUUCUAUCAUUGAUUGUACAUAUACAUCUUUACUACUGGCCAUCACUUGAAUUAUCAUUUCAUAUUUCUUUCUUUGUGCGCACAUACACAAAAUUAUCAAAAAAAAAAAGUUUCUCCCCAUGCCUCAUUUUUCUUUUUAUGAAUCUUAUUUUUUUUUUCUUUAUCAUUCAAAAAAGUUGUAAUUUGCUUUUCUUCGCAUUUUUUUUUUCAUUAGGUUUAUAUUAAAAAAAAAAAAACAUUCAA